AUGCUUUCGUGUCUCUUCGUGUUUGCGUCUAAAAUGAGCGGUCUCACCUGGAUCAUUUGUAUGCUAAACCGCCGCAUCGGUAACUUAAAACCUCACUCGGACCGACUUCCUUCGGGCUCGCCCCACAGACAACAGAGGCGAGAAUCUCAGCCUGUCAGCGGGCUUGAGGGUAUUGGAAUGACAGAGCAGGCUUACCUGCCCUCUCAGGUGUGUGCUGCUACUCGUCACCUGCUCAGGGGAGCUGUUGCCGUCAGGUAGGUUUUACAGGUAGGACCGAGCAUCGUCCAGGUGCUAUCGACCAUCCUCAACCGUUUCCUCCCGGGACCAGUGAGAUGCACCGUUAACGUUCCUGCGAGACUUUCUUUCGGACUCUGAGAUGAACUUAAAGUGGACAGUAGAAAGAUUUCUUCUUAUGUCGUUUUCAGUCUCCCACUUGCUGUUACUUGAGGGUGAGUGUAAGAGUUUUUGUUGUCCAAAAUGAUAUGACAGUAUAGUAAUGAGAAAUGAUUUGCUUUUACAGAAUUUUUAAUGCAGACUUUGUGUUUACAACCCCCUUCAUGUUGUUUUUACGUUGCACAUUACCUCUAAGUAAUGACAAAUGGCAAGGAUGUGAAUAAGUCAAAUGUUUCUGCUUGGAAAUAUUACAUUGAAUAUUUUAGGUCAAAUGAAUGACUGAAAUCUGUUUGUUUCUUGUGGGACUUUUUACUUAGGAGCUCAGAGUCGACUAUCUGUGGCAGAAGAAAGACUUCAGAGGUACCCAAACAGAAAUUUAAUGAUUCAUUUUUUAUAAUAAAGUGACACAACUAACCAAACAGUAUCCCUAUUAUUUUAAAAAUAUAUCAAGUAUACUCAAGUCUCUAGAUAGACACAGGUUGUUGCAUUAAAUCUUUCUGUCACUAGAGUGUGUGAAAGAGACAGUAUCUGUGUAUGUGCCUGUGAGGGUACCGUAAGGAGCCUAGAUUCAAGUGGUGUAAAGUGCACUUAAAAGUCUCCCCUCUGACUGUUCCUUUCCACUAAUGUGCAUGUUUGUGUGUGUGCAGAAGGGCUAAUGCACUUCGAAGGAAACGGGAUCUCCUCAGGGAGGAGGUGGGUACACUACACCUAAGAGAACCAGAGGAGGUCAGGGCACCCACAUGCGCACAACACCCUCAUGGGCACAAAGAUGUCUUUGUAAAGAAUGAGACACACUAACACAUACGCUCUCUCCCACUCAAACUGACGCAACUUUCAACUUACAGGUGCAGCAGUGAUACAGCACUGUGUCAUUGAUGCUGUUUAAGCUUGAGAAUUAUUAACAACCCUGUGUAUUGUUUACUUUUUUCGAAGACAUACAGACCAUUGCUGUCAGAAAAUACUCUGCCACACAGCAUUUUGCACAACUACACAGCCAGAGAUGCCUCCUCAGGUACAACUAAUUCUUAUGAAGUGACCUUAAAUGUACUCAGGAAACUAUAAAAACCAAGUUUAACUGACUAAGUAAUAUUGGGUUUGUUCAUGUCUUUCCCAGAAUACUGUGGCUGCCUUAACGGAGGCUGGUGUCAGGAGAGCGGUUUGUGUGACUGUGCUCAGUUCCAGGCACUGGGAGAUCGCUGCCAGAUCAGUGAGUAGUACAUACAUCUGCAUGGGCUCCAUUUGAUGACAGCUCAAACACAUCAGUGUCUCAUCUUAAUGGCAAAAUUAAUGUUGACUAAAGUACCAUCCCUGGCAUGCAACAGAUUGCCUGGUUGGCAUACAUACAACUUUCUAAUACAGUAUAGAGUUUCACAUUAAGUUAUACAGGAAUGAGUGAGUGUAUAAAGUUAUUCAUGUGUGCAUAUCAGACUCUCCAAUCAUUCAGCAAAAGGUAAUUAACUGCACAUAUCACAGUAUUAAUUACAAGAUAAGUUAGAUGAUACCCCCUCUCCCCAUUCAGUCUCUUUAUUUCUUUUUGUUGAUACCGUUCCACUUCAGAGUCAGACCAGUGACCCCCCACCCACUCCCAGCCCCAUUCACACAUACAAACACACACCCAAAUACAUGGACCUUAUUCCCUCCAGCAGCAGAGUAAAAUCACUUGCAUUUAGGUAAUAGUGUAAUCGCUGAGUGAUGUAGUUUCUGGUUUCUAUAUUGUGAACAGACUCUUUAUAGACCGUAGCUCCAUUAUUGUAAAGCCAAUUUUCAUUUCAGCAGCCUAAUUUAGUGCUGGCACACUUGUUGGGAAAUAUGUGGGUAGCUGUAACUGAGCUGAGGACUUAAAUUUACCCACAAACCAGACCGUUUUAAAAAAUCAAGAUUUUUUUAUGAAGACAGGAUAAUCAAAGGUAAUAUGGAUUGGGCAAUAACAACCAAGGUUCCUAAAAAUACACCUGCAAAAGUAACAUGCAAGUGAAAUUAUAUUCUAUGAUUGAGGUAACAGGGUUGGCGCUACAGAACAUUUGAGGAUUUUGUGAAUAAAUGUAAAUUAAUCACAAUCAACCAUUGUGAGUUUCAUCACAUCACAAGCCACUCUGUAAGAAGAUUAGAAGAUGUGACUCACUGUCACCAGACCCCUUCAGAUUUCAAGUCUUAGGCAACAGCUUACGGGGAUUUCCUGUAAGAAGGGGAACUUUUUGACAUAAAAACAACCAGGUGUUCAUUUUUCAAAGAGAAGUUCGAUGAACCGAAAGAUAAUAAAAGAUUGAAAGAUUAUAAGAGUGGUGAGAUGUGCGACCUUGAUCAUCGGUUGAGUGAAGUGUCACCUUCUUAUCUUGUACUUGUGACAUGUGCAAUCACAAUAAAUAAAUUCAUUCAUACAUUCAAUUCAUUUAUUAUUGGUAUAAAUUCUUGUCAUCAUAAUAAGAGUGUUGUUUACAUGAAUUCUCCUAGUACCUAACCAGGGCCAGGAUAGGGAUGGGAUUUGCAGGUCAUGGGGACAACACCACUACGAAACCUUUGAUGGAGUCUACUACUACUUCCCGGGAACCUGCUCUUAUAUCCUAGCCCAGGACUGCCACUCAACUACACCACAGUACACGGUGUGGGUAAGAGCAUACAGAGCAAAGUUACCCAUUGAAUUAAUUUUGAUUUGUCUUUUUAAACAGCAAAUCUGAGGCGAAAAACACACACAACCAUGAGUCAGCUUUAGUGAUACAGUAUCAAGCUACCAAACCAUCCAGAACUGAAUUUUAAAAGAUGGAGGGGAAAAGACUGAACCUUCUGUACAGUACAAACAUAUAUUGCUGGUAAAACCUAAAUGAGCUAAGUCUCUGUUAACUCUAUUGCCUACAAUGCCCAGCUUUUUUUAGGAAUUGAUUUGGCCUAAGAAAAAGAUUAAGUGCAUUUUGAACCCUUUACAAACAUCUAUAUGGAGCUAAUGCAGAGAGCAAAAAAAAACCAGGAUGUGCAAUUUUGAGAGAAAGACUGAAUUUUGUAACAGUAGCAUAACGAACAUGCUAACUAAAAUACAACACAGAUGUUUGUUUGAAAAUAGAGGAUAACACCAGCCUCCUAUUUUUAAGAACUUUGCUUGUAUUUGUGAUAAAGUUGCUUGAAAGUCAAAGUAAAAAACUGUUUUCAACAGUCAACACCAUCCUGUCAUACACUGUCUGUGGUUCUCAGGCUGAAAGCUCAAGUCAUAGAGUGAAGUGUAUAAAGCCGUAAUUUGUCUUUUGUGACUCAGUCUUUUAUUCUGUUUUACUGUUUUUUUCCAGGUUCACAACAGCAGAGCAUGUGACGGGAAUGUGUAUUUAUGUCCAAGAGCUCUCAGUCUGUUUUUCCCAAAUGAGGAGGAGAUCCAUAUCUCGAGAUAUCAGGUCCACCAGGGAGGCCGCAGGUUAGUUUGUAUGUGCAGUAUGUAUGUGUCAGUGUUUACUCUGCAAAGAGGUAAAAAGAAAAGCAAAGAGAAAGAUUUGAAGUCUUCACUUGUCUUCAAUUUUGAUGCCCCCACAAAACUCAAAAACAGAAAGGAAAGAUGUGCCAGUACAGUUUUAAAAGCAUGAUUUCACAAGAGCUCACUUGACACCCCUGUCUCUGAAAUGUCAGGUUAAGUCUCCCUCAGACUCUUGGAAGUGUGUUCAUCGAACGACUGGCUGAUUACCUGCUGGUGAAGAGCGCGUUUGGCUUCUCUUUGGCCUGGGAUGGAGGCUCAGGUGUCUACCUGAAGAUGAGCGAAGAGCAUCAAGGUGCCCCCUGUGGCCUGUGUGGGAACUUCAACCACAUAGCUGGUGAUGACCUCACCACUUCUCGGGGUAAGACUGGCCUAACCGGCCUCUCAUCCUCUUAUCCCUUCUCUCAGCACCCACUCACCUCAAUGAUUGUUAUUAUACACUCAUCACAAAUUCUGGCAAUUAUGGAAGCAGUGGAGCCUGAAAAGACUUGAGCGAAGGAUAACAGAGAACUGAUAGUUUGGGUUUGAAUACCUGGAGGAGGAGAGAGUUCCUCAAAUAACCGGUAAUAUGAACUGUUGUUCCCUUCUUAUUUGAGCAGAAAGCUAUUUGAGGGUGAAGAAGAGCCCAGAGAAAAGGGUAAACAAGUGCUAAGGCACCAUAUUAAUCAAUUUUCCUUUUGAUAGAUUUGUGUCAGACUUAUUUUUAAGACCCGACUGUAAUCCUCCAUAUUUUUAUUAUAAUUUUUGUAUGUGCUUUUCUGCACUUAUGAGUGUCUAAACAUGCUUAACCAGUUCAUGACAUUUUGCAGGCGUAUCAGGCCUGGACAAAAAUUCAAAAUUUUGAUAUUUUUUUGACAGAAAUGGUCUUUUCUAAACAUUAAUGCACUGGUCAUUUUUACCUUGAAAGAUGAAUUUUUGUACACAAGACUCUAAGUAUCAUAAUAAAAUAACAGAAAAUCCCUCAGCUUCCAAACAAAACACUAAAAAUGUGGUGAGCCUUUAAAGUUUUGUUUUUGACCAUGAAACAGGAAGUAGUUUUUAUCUCAGCCAUAAAUGCUCCAAUCUCACCCAUACUUCAUAUGCAUGUUAAGAGUCGUGGUCUGGAUAAAUUCAUGUGGAAAUACUUUACCAGAGUCCUACUGUCCCCUAGCAGGAAAUGUCAUGCUUGCACUAUUAGCUUAUUUACCAAACCUGGUAAAUAUAUCUGCAGGACAUUUGCUCAGGAUGUCCUUAAGAUGUUGGUCCUGACAUGUGCCACAAUGAAAAUUUUUUAACCAUUAAACAGAGUCGUAUAAGUCAAAUCUGCACAAAAUGCCAUGAGGUUAUGAGGUGUCCCAGCUUAAACACAUUCAUUGUGAAAAAAAUCACAGCACAGCUUACAGGUAGCAGGAAGUUACUGCCUCUUAGAUAAUCACACUAAAAUACCAUUUACUUGUAGUUUACUGAAUUUCCCACAAAAUUCUGAGACUUAAUCGUUUCCUGAAAAAAGUUCAAAAAUCUACAUCUUACUGAUGCUAUGGUGACACAUAACUUGCAAUGAAUCAAAAGGUAGAGAAAUUAGAGGUUUAAAGUAGAUGCAGCCCAUUUCAACCAAUUCUGGGGUAACAGAUUUGAUCCAAUCCACUUCCAAAUUUUUUUGUAUUAAAGACAUCAUGAGACAGAAAUCUUCUUUAACCUGAGUGUUGGGAGUCUUUUCAUAUAACAAGAAGUUACUGUAUUUUUGACGUACACGCUUUAAACUGCUGCAAGCUUUAAAAUCGACUGAGUGUAUUAUUGUGCCAUUUCUUUAUUUCUGUUGUAUCACCACCUACUGGUGGGAGGCAGGAAACCUUUGAGGCCAUGAUUUAGUAGGAUUACAUUGUCACGCUUUAUGUUGCCACAUUUUGAUAAGCACAAAACAGUAAUUUCAGAUUCAAUAUGACUGUUCUCUUUCUAAAGGAGGCCACGGAGCACCACAUUGUAAUUAUAGCAUACCCUGACUUGUAUCAAACCUGAACAUACACCUCACUCUGAUGUGCACAAUGUUGUUUGAUGACAGUAAAACACAGAGAAGAUUUUGUCCCUGUUUACUUGUGUAUUACCCUUCAUAUGUACGUGUGUACUAGUCAUGGGUUUGUAUCGGCUGUGUGUUUCAGGGCUUCGGACAGAUGAGCCUGCUUUAUUUGCAAACAGCUGGGCAGUGGACCUGCCUCAUGAGAGAGCCUGUCCCUCUGUAGAUAUCGACUUUAAUGGGCCUUGCAAUUCUGAGUCAGACAUGGAUGUAAGAACAACAGAAACAUUAUGACAGCUUUAAACAGCUUCACGGAUAACUUGUUAUUUUGAUAAUCCAAUUUUAAGACUAAAAGCAGUCCUAUUGAGACAUCAGAGAUACAGCCCUUAAUGUGAAAUGUCUGUGCUGCAAUUUUGUUUGUGUGCGACUCUUGUAUUUAUUUUGACCAUUUGCAGGAUGCCAUAGAGAAAUGCAGUGCACUUCUCUUCUUUCCAUUUCUGUCCUGCCAUGAGAACAUAGACCCGAAUCCCUUUGUUGCCAGCUGUGUGUCUGACCUCUGUCUGUAAGUCAACAAACCUGCAUCGCUUACUAACAUAUAUUUAACCUUUCUUUGAUCCUCUUUUCGUUGUGUUGUCGAUAUUAUUCAGGAUCAUUUUCCCCUCAUUUCAGAUCUGAUGAUGAGGAAACAUUUUGUCGAGCAUUGGUUGAGUACACACGGGCCUGCUCACACGUCGGAUAUCCAGUAAGAGAGUGGAGGGAUAGCUUCCCGUCUUGUUGUAAGUUGUUGUUGUUGCGGCUCUGAAUUCUCAAAGAACAGUUUUCUUCCCUAUCUUUAAGAAAGACGUCAGUGCUUACCUGAUGCUUACGUUUGUGUUUAGAUGACGGCUGUGAGGAGAGCUUUGUCUACAGAGACUGCAUAAGUUGCUGUCCACCUACCUGUACAUUUGAGAAAGAGUGCCUGGGGACCAACUUGCAUUGUCUGGAUGGCUGCUAUUGUCCUGAUGGUAUUUAAUUAAUAAACUUCCACAUUUAUGUUGAAGAUUUUUAAGCGAUUAGUAGCUAAACUCGCCCUUCUUUGCGCAGGUCUUAUCCUCCAAAAUGGAACAUGUAUUGCUGUUUCUCAAUGUCCCUGUGUUUACCACGGCACAUCGUAUGAACAAGGAUAUGUGCUCCGACAAGGAUGUAGCGUGUGGUUAGUGUGGACAUGCAGUAACAUCAUUUUGUUGCUUUGCUGUUGUGCUGUUAACCUGUUGUGUGUUCUUUUUAGUGUGUGCAUGGGAGGAGUGUGGAACUGCACCGAGAACAACUGCACGGGUGAGUUCAAGCUUUCACGACAAUUCACAAGAAGGAAAUGAGAAUCCAGAUUUAUUACCAUUCCCCUUUUCUCUUUUUAGCUGAGUGUUCAGUGGUAGGGGAUGUGUACAUGACGACAUUCGACGGUAGGGUGUUUCUUCAGCCGGGUGCGUGUCAGUACGUCCUGGCAAAGAGUCGUGGCAGCAGCAGAUUUACCGUCACACUGCAGUACACAACAUGUGUAGAGGUAGUGGGCAUAACUACUCCAAUCCUAUAUCAUUCUGUCUCCACAAAUGUGUCUUAUUACCUCUUUAUAAUCUGUUUGUCUACAGCAUCAGGUGUGUAUACAGUCAGUGACAGUCGUGCUGGAUGAAGAUGUGAGCCGUCAGAUCACUUUGACAAGAGAAGGCGAGGUGAUAAUCGGUAUUAACCCCGGGCCUGUCCUGCCCUUUGUUGAUGGUAAGACUCACUAAGGAUUAUUUGUCACACCACGUGUCUAUAUUUUCUUUAAAAGGCAGAAGGAUCAUAGUGAAAUAUUCAAUUUCUGUCUCUGCAAAAGAUGCCGUGGAGGUGCAGAAGCUGACCUCUGUGUUUACUCAACUGAGGGCAGGGAUUGGUUUGAGGCUGCUUUAUGAUGGUCGAGGAGGGCGGAUCUACCUGCAGCUGGACAGUCAGUGGCGUGGACAGACACAGGGUCUUUGUGGUACUUUCAAUGGAAAUCUCAGAGAUGACUUCCUGUAAGCAAAUACCUCCCACUUAAAGAUAAAUGGUUAAGAUAAAUGUGGAGGACAUAAAUUUACCCGACCAUGUGUGUUCUUCUUGACUCCAACUUUAACUACUAAUAAUCAGUCUCACUUCCAGUAUAUUAUUUUUAUUUCUGCUGGACUGUAAACGUUGCAACUCGCAUCAGUCGGAAGGAUUUGGAGCAAUAUGAAUCAACAUCAAUGACUGAUUGUAUCUUUAUUCUGUGCUUGAACUGUAGGUCACCCGCUGGUAUGAUAGAGGGGACUCCUCAGCUUCACGCCAAUGCCUGGAAGGUGUCAUCUGCUUGUGUCGCGCCAGUCAACCUGCCAAUCAUAGACCCAUGUGAGAUGAACCAGCACAAUGGUAACCAGAGUUUCAUCUUUUGUAUUGUUCUGUUGCCCACUGUGACAGAAUAUUGUCUUGAUUAUUUUUCUGAUGAGGAUUAAAUUUCAAGGACAGGUAUCGAUCAUAUUAAAUGAGGUCUUAUGUUUGUUGUUUUUCUCUCUUCUAGUAUUCUAUGCAUCCCAGUGUGAUGUGCUCUUGGGGAGUGUGUUUGCACCGUGUCAUAGCCACAUCAGCCCGAACAUCUACCAGCAGCAGUGCCGCUACCAGGCUUGCCGUUGUGGUAGCAGCUGCUUGUGCACGGCACUGGCUCACUAUGCUUACCUCUGCUCUAAACAUGGAGUGGACAUCAGUUUUAGGUCACACGUCUCUGAGUGUGGUGAGUGCUUCACAUUUACACACUCGAUGUAUUUUCUAAAUAUUUACUCUGUGUUGUAUGUAUGGAAGGAAAGAAACUGUAUUCAUAAUCUUUAAUAUUCAUUUACAUAAUUCGUUACUCGUGUUUGUGUCCGUUCAUGCAGGGGUUGUGUGUCUUGGAGGCAUGCUCUACCACUCUUGUGCGUCAUCUUGUGGGCGGUCCUGUCGUGCUGUGUCAAACCCUGAGACAUGUAACCCCGAUGACUGUGCUGAGGGGUGUGGAUGUGCAGAUGGCAGUUACCAUGACGAAGUCCGCCAGCGCUGUGUGCAACUGUACGGCCUUUUAUCUCAUACAUCAUCCGAAUUGUGGUUAUCACUCGCGAUUAGGCAGAAAUGGACACUCUGAACACACCAUGAUCAAUUCUUGUGUUAAAAUGAACAUCAUUGGUUUGUUGUCAGGUCUCAGUGUCACUGUUACUCUAUGGGAGGAGUGUCGCAGCCCGGGGAGGUGACUUUCAGCGCCUCAGGUCCCUGGUGAGUCCCAGCAAGCCUCGACUGAAAAGAGAUAAUUCCCCUUGGCUGCAGAGCAACAUCCUUGUGCACAUUGAUUUAGCAAAGCAAUAAAAGCUUGAGUUAUUAUGAAAUGAGACAUAGAUUACUUGUGCAAAAUGGCAUCACUUUCUUUUUCGAACACUCUUCCUUCUUCUCUCUUUUUCUGUCUCCUUCAUCAGCCUGUGCAGAAAUGGGAGGAUGGAGUGCGUGCCAGAAGAAAAAGGUAACCUUUUUUCCCCCACCUUUUCCAGUUUCUACUCUGGCGCAUUCCAGAGACUAAGUGCCGUUUAAGGCUAUGUCCCCUGUUGAUAUCUAGAGCCUCAUGUCUGUGAUUGUAGCCGGAUUCUCAUGGAUAGCUAUUGCUUUAAGUUUCUAAGGUGACUGGGGCAUUGACUGAAGUUUUUGAGUACAUAAGUGUGUGCAUACGAGUGUGUUUUGUUGAGCCAGAUAGCGUAGAGGUCGGCGAAUGUCCUGAGGGAAAAGUGUACCACAGCUGCACAGAGCAGAGGGGAGGCGUGGCCUGUGCACCAACCUGUCGUAACCUGAUGUUGAACCUCACCUGCACUCCUGGCACACCGUGCAUCCCUGGCUGUGUCUGUCCUUCAGGGUACAGCUUCACCUUCCUUCCAUUUAUUACCGUGUAUUACUGUGUUUUUGAAAGCUCUUGUAAUGUUUUUCCAGCAGUACACUCAGUAGAAGAUUAGAUAAGACGAGGGAAAUUCCUGCCUCCUAAGAGAGUCACUUCUCUUUUGAUUAUAGUGUGGUUUGAAAAAUCUGCUGUUUGAUAGGAGUGUUUGAAAUUAGUGUUUAAAGUGAGAGAACAUUUUUCAUCUGUAGUUUCUGCUUGCAACCGGACUCCCUUUAAAGAGGACAUUUGACAGGUUUUGCAUGGGUGCCUAAUCAGUGUGGAUGCUAAAUGUAAAGACUCUAAGCAGUUGAGACAGCGCCGUUUAAGCUCUGCCAGCACUGAAGGGACCGACAAUUCAUCACUCCCCUUCCCCCACUCCUCACUUUUGUCUGAUUACAAAUGACAAAUUCACAAAAGGCUUUGAAGUGGUUGGAUGCACACGAAGCUAAAACAGGAGUAAGUUUUUGUAUGUAUCUAAGCAUCAGAAAAAUUUCUUCUGGCUAGCCUGGGGAAUUGUUUCUUUUGGACAAAUAAAGUAGGCAAAGACUUUCUAUAUACAUUUCAGAACCAGAAUUCUAAAAUGACCCAACGGCAUUAUAAUAUCCUGUGUUGCUUCCAAUAUUCCUCUUCAUUGGGACUGGUUCUCAGAGAACCAGGGAUGUUAUACUGACACAGUAAGUUAAGUUAUUGUACCCAUAGAUGGGUGACCAGGAUAUAGUAGAGGAGGAGCCAUUUGUGGUGUGUUGUUAAGCGUAGAGACUGGGAACCUAGACUGAAAUAACCUUGAACUGCUCAACUUCAAAUACUGCUGGAAAAAACUGAUUUUGUAAAUUUGCCUCACCCAAAAAACACAUUAUAAAUCUAAUCCAGACAGAUAAAGACAAUGUAACAAAAUUUGCCUCCAAGAAGACAAAAUGUAUGAUGUACAAAAUGUACUCACUUGAUUGGUCUUAUCAUCUUCAUUUAUUUACUUUAAUGCGGAAUUUUAAGUGAGAUGUUUGCAUGUGUUGUAGCUUUAACUGUGGUCUUAAUUUACCUGUAAAGGCUGGUGCUGCACCACGGGGAGUGUUACUACCCAGAGAACUGUCCCUGUGCUUGGCUGGGCCUUGAAUACCUGCCUGGAGAAAUAGUGGAAACAUCCUGUUACAGAUGGUACGGUUUGACUUGUAUUUUACCAUUAAUGAUUAAACUUCAGGGUUUUUAGAAAGUAUCAUUUCCUCAGCUACGAAAGAGAUCAUUUCACGCCACUUUUUCCCAUAGAAUAUAAUUGUGAAGUGCAUUUUGCUGCUAAUUUUCAUGUGUGGCAUGAAACAUUUCGCCCCCAUGCUGUCCUGAUAUUUAAUCCACAUUCCUGUCUUCUCAGUGUGUGCCAUCGUGGCUAUUUCAACUGCAGCUACUUACCAUGUCCAGCUGUGUGUACUGUCUACAGCGACAGACACUACCACACCUUUGAUGGCCUAGAGUAUGACUACCACUCUGAUUGUCAAGUCUACCUACUUAAAGUGAGUAGAUUGUAUGUGAGUAGAUUAGAUAUGAGUCUUGUAGUAUUGGCUGAAAAAGCCCCCAGAAUUUGUUCUGCAAUGAGUCUGGGCACUGAAAGGCUGAUCAGUUGCUGUCAGAGAAGUGUUUCUGCAAGAUGGCAGAGCAAAAGACAAGCAUCCUCCAGAUUUCCCAGCCAAAACAGAUUUAGAUCUUGGAAAGAAGAUCGAAGCUCAUUCCUAAUCUUGGAAGAGAAAGUGAUUUUUAAUUAGAUCAGAUUAGGUGUGCAUGUGUGUGUGCUGGAGGGUUUUUUGCACCUUGGAAAUGCUAGCAGAGCCGUAGCCACACAAAGAAGCCAGUGUUCAUUUCAAACCCCACAGCUCCUGCGCUCCCAGGGAUAUAGAAUUAGAAUUAGCAGAACAGACAUCGCAAUUCAGACGGACUGCUGGCCAGCAUGUAGACCUGGAAAGAAUGGGGAAGCAAUUCAGAGCUGUUUUAACAACCUAGAGUUGUUUCCUUUUUGUGUUGCUUUUUAUGUACCUUGUAAUGCACUUUUUCUAUAUUGUCGAAUCAAAUAUCCCGAUGGAUCUGUACUGGGGUAUUUGGUUACAAUAAGGGGAAAUACUAACCGGAUAAGAUAUAUGGAACACACCCAUGAGAAAACCUGAUCAGAUUUCUUUACCUUGUGAUUAAAUAAAAGUUGACUUUUAUUUUGUCUUUCCCUCUUACCAGAGUACAGGAGACACUGAAGUAUCCAUUGUUGCCCAAAACAAGGACUGCUAUGAGAGCGGUAUUGUGUGCAUGAAAAUACUGGUUAUUCACGUGGGACUUACCAAGAUCUACUUCACUGACAACUCUGGCAACCCUGUAUGGACUGCACAAUCACAGUCACAAUCAAGCUACCUAUUUGUGUGUCUGUCUCUUUAGAGGAUAUAGAAAUGAUUUCUUUCAUACAAGGAACCACUGACCCCGUCCUGUUUGUUCCGCUUUAGAGCCCAUCUUCUGUUGUAGGUCGAGAGUCAGAGUUUGAGAUUUGGAAAGCAGGCUACUACACAGUGGUCCAUUUCUCUAAUCAAGACCUGACUAUCCUGUGGGAUCGCAAGACAACUGUGCACAUCAGAGCUGGUCCUCGCUGGAAGGUCAGGACUUGGAGUAUAUUCUGACAAAGUUUUUAGAGACCUCAGCUAAAUGAAAUGAAACAUAUCUGCGUUUCAUUUUCUAGGGCCUCCUCAGUGGGCUAUGUGGAAACUUUGACACAGUGACAGUGAAUGAUAUGACCACCUCCAGCCACAUGGAAGUCAAUAACGCCCAGACCUUUGGAGACAGCUGGGCUCUGGGACAGGUAUGAGUCAGUUUAGCUCCUCUCCUCCAUUAACUCUCCCAUUACCCUCUGUCCUUUAGCUGUCUUUGUCUAUCACUCCUUCACUCCUUUCUAGCUCCCCAUUCCUUCAGUGAUUUAUCUGUGCUUGUGUCCCAUGAGCCCACUGUGAUAUUUAAGAGUAAUCAGACACUCAAUCACCCUCAGUGUGUGUGGAUCUGUUUGUGUGUUUUAGUGUGAAAGUGACUACGUAGUUGAGAGACCGUGUGAAGGGGACUUGGGCAGACAGCCAUAUGCCAAGAGGGAAUGUGCCCUUCUCUACAGUGACGUCUUUGCACCUUGCCACAAUGUGGUGAGUGCCAUUUAUCUGAUGGACAAAUGAAAACACUCAUAUUUUUGUACAAAUUUAGUGUGUAUGUGGCAAAAAAGGUUACCUUGCUUGUAAAAGAGGAUUAGUAUUAUGUGAGGCGUCAUGGAGUGCCAAAUACCAAAUCCCUCUACAGAUGAAAGGCUUCACUCAUGCAUACAGAUAUUAUACUUCUCUGCAUGGCCAGCAGAUGGAGCCAUGUACCCAUACACAAGAGUUAAAACUGUUAUGCGAUAUCUGUUGUUUGGCAGUACUUUCCCACUCAAGUGAGUCCUGAAAUGACUCCAGUUUAAGGAUUAGUCGUGUUGUUUGUGGGAAAGUUUUCACUUAGCCACUGAGCUAAAAAAAAAACAGAGUAAGUGAAUAUUGUGUAGGUUUGCAUCUAGGUUUUCCAGCUAAAUUUUGCUGUAGAGUAGGUAUAGCUUUAGACAACCAAUCAAUUCUGAUUAGUGUGGCCUGGAUUGUUUUCAGACUAUUUUUCUAAUGUGUAAAAAUGAAUCAAAAAGGUGGAAGAAACACUCUGAAGAAAUCUGAGAUUUAGAUAAGUAAAACUGAAAAUAGUUUCUGGAGGAUAAAAAAAUGACAUAGAUAUCUACUAGUUUAUACUAUAAUCUGAUGUAGGGUGAAGUAACUACCAUUAUUAUUCGAGCAAAAUCUCCCAUCCUAGAUAUCACAACGGUGUUCUCCAUGAUUUAACUGGAGAGAAAGCCUUCAACUGAGGGGGACAGAUGGACCAAACACUUCAAAAGCUUUAAGAGCGUCUUAUAAGAAAUGAAAUAACUCUCUUUUGUUUAUUUAUAACUGUGUCAUACAGACAUUCACACAUCCAGCCCACAUGGGCUUACAUGACAUUAUAAAUUUACACAGCCCAGGAUCAGAGAGCAGAGUAGGCAGAUUCAUUGUCAUAGUACAAAAAAGGAAAAUAAAACCUUUUUUCUUAAGCAUCUUCAGAGUUAUUCUGCAAUUUUUUGCUAAUCUCACAGAAGCAGAUGUCAAUGCUUUUGAGGGAAAUAUGUAUCUUUUAAGUCAUCAAACAAUGUCUUAAAAGCCUAGAAAAGUCAUUUUUAAAGGUUUUUAAGACAAAAUCUGCCUGUUAGCUCUCCAAACCUGCAGUUACACCAUUUGUUGCUUAUCAAGCUGCUACAACCUUUUAGGGUUUCUAUAAGUAACUUCAUGAAAAAACAGCUACAGCCACAUCAAGCAUCUGUAUUAAAGAAAAGGUAUGGAGCAGCCUUAUUGUCUGAAUUUAUUCAGCUGUACAGACGAUAACUCAGGAACUUUGUUCUUGUUUGUUCUCGUUGCAGCUAUUUCUGUUAGGAAUAUAUUUUCCUGACCGGCUGUAUCAAGCAGGAUACUGUGCACUCUUAACACAAACAUUUCUCAUGAACACAGUAUGUAUUACUCUAACAGAUGUCAAAACCACAGCAGCCCUGCCAAUCAAUGGACCAAUAAAUUGCUGGUGCAUUUUGUCUGUCUGUCAAUGAGCUCACCUGAUCCCUCCUGCACCAAAGUUUGACCCACAUUCCUUUAGACUGAUAUCUCAUCACUCCUUCCCUGUCUGAAUUAUUGAAACCACUCACCCUCCACAUGAGACCUCCCCUAGUUUCCCCCAGUGAGAUUUGGCCUGGUUCACUUUGUUAUUGUGCGUGUGUGUAUGUAUAUGUGCGUUUACAUUAAUAUAUAUAUACUUACAUAUAUGAAUGGUCUGUAUUCCCUUGAGGUGGAUGUGGCCUGGUUUUAUAGAAACUGCCUGACAGACACCUGCAACUGUAACCGUGGGGGAGACUGUGAGUGUCUUUGUACUUCCAUCGCUGCAUAUGCACACAAAUGCUGUCAACAAGGGAUCACGAUACACUGGAGGUCGCCCUCUGUCUGUCGUGAGUACAUUCAAAAACAAAGAUAUAGAACGCUGGUCUGCUUCGAUUUGUCAGAGAUGUGACCCCUACUAAACCUCUUCAAACCACUCUCUGUGGUCUGUCUUUGCUUCAGGUAACGCUUUUCUAUUUUUCAGAGCCACUGAAAUAAAGAUUUUUACUGUCUCAUUCCCUUUCAGCCUAUGACUGUGAAUAUUUUAACCAAGGUAUGUAACACAGACAGUCGAAGCUUUGUUGUCCGUUGACGUUGAAAAAUCGUACACAUUCUCACUUUCACCUUUGUGUGAAUACCCAUUUCCUCUCUCCUUUUCUCAAAUCCGGAAGAGCUUGGAGAUGGCCCAUUUUCCUUGGUGAGUGCUGUCUAUAAUGACACAAUGUUUGGGGUAAAUCGCUCCAGCAGCUCAGUGUUUCCUCUGGUAAGAGAGAGACUGGGGCAGUUGCCUUCCCCAGGCCUAAUGUUCAACUUUAUGAUCACCGCAGGCCUGCAGAAGGACAGAGCAUCACGUAAGUGUCCACAUAUGCCAAAUGACACCAUACCACACACAGUGUCUGAAUUAUAUUAACACUAUCCACUCCUUUUCUCAGGAGUCCCUGUGGUGUCACUGGAGUCUGCAGAGAGACCAAACUAUUUCCUUGUUGCCUCAGGGCGCAGUCGUCUGCAGUUGGAGCACUGGAGUCGAGGUGCUGAGUUUGGUCGCAGGGCAACCUUCAUUCAGCACCAGGGUCUGUUUUUACCGGGUCACACCUCAUUUGAACUAGUCAGCCAACCUGGAGUCUUUCUGACACUGACACGCACUGCUGCACGAGCGCAGAGAUAUGACACUUCGGAGGGCUUCAAAGCUAGCAGCAGUUUCACUCUGGAGGGUCUGAAAUACAUGCAUUAACUCAAGACAAAUAGAUAUAUGCAUUUGUGUGCAUGCAAAAAAAAGAACUAAUGAGUUAUUUUUCCUCUCCUCUGGCAGAGAGCAGUUUUGUGAUACCUUAUCGUCUGAUGUGUGAGUGGCGCUACCAGGCCUGCGCGAGUCCUUGUGUCCACACGUGCAUUGACCCAGAUGCUACACGUUGCCAAUUCCUGCCUCCGUAAGAGGCUUUGCUUAUUAAAAGUACUCUUAAUAACAAUUAAUCAAUGCUUACCUUGAAGGUUUAAUUGAUUUUUGCAGUGUGGAGGGCUGCUUCCCACGUUGUCCCAAGAAUAUGAUCCUUGAUGAAGUCACAAGAAGGUGUGUCUACACUGAGGACUGUGAGUGCAACAUUGAAGGAGUUUUUCUCUAAAAUGGGAUUAAAGUGUUUUAGUUUUCUAUGAUGUAUAUGUACAGUCUGGAAUUUCAUGUGCCCUUUUAACUAUAGAAAAUAUCUUCCAAUAUUUAAUCCCCCUUUUUAGGCGUGUCCCUCCCUCCAACUCCAACACCUUUUGCAUAUGUGACGCGCUCAAACACGACAACUGUAGCACCAACAACAACUACAACCACUACUACAAGGCCUACAACUACUACUACUACUACCACCACCACCACCACCACAACAACCACUACCACCACCAGAGCAACAACUACCUCCACUACUACCAGGCCUACUACAACCACCACUCCUACUACACCACCCACUGAGCCGGUCACAACUCUCCCUGUUACAACUCCCUCUACAGCUCCUCCAACCACAACUGUUUCUGUCACUCCGUCUCCCUCAACCCCAUCAGGGACAACCACUCGCAGCACGACUGAAGUGACCCCCACACAAACCACAGAGACCACGAUGCCUGUCACCACAGCAACAACCUCCACUGAAGCAACUACAGUCUCCAUUACUACUACUCCCCUUCCCCCAACUACCCUGGCUUCCACCACCUUGACCACAUCUCCCUCCACCACACCGUCAACACCAUCUCCAACCACACCAGUAACUACUACCUCACCUCCUCCUACCUCACCCUCCACACUGCCUACACCUACCAUAGCUGUCACAACUGCCCUCACCCCCACCACGACAGUCCCUGAAACCACAUCUGCUCCAGAGACUACACCAGAGACUACUACUCUAGAGACCACCACCUUAGUGGACACAUCGACAGUUGAGACCACAACAGCACCACCCUCAACAACCACAGAACUCACUACUGAGCUGCUCACCACUGAAAUAAUCUCAAGCACUGAAACCUUUCCUACAACAGAGGGAGCAUCAACCACACAUGCUUUUCCCGUCCCGACCACCCCCUGUACAGUGAGUGUUGCCACUGUGGUAAAUUACAAGAAUAUUGCCACAAUAAAACCUUUUAUUUAAGUGCACUUUGACAUCUUAAAUCGUGUUAAAGGGAUAUUCCGGCGUAAAAUUAAGUCAGGGUCAAAUACACCGCAACACUGAGUUAGACACCCCGUUCAAAGAUGAAUGUUGCUGCUUGUAUCUCUGGUUAUACCAACUUUGCAAACAACCGCAGAUAGCAACACAGAGAGUCACGUGCUCAACCAAAAAGCCACUCUAUAGCCACAAAUAAUGCUCAGAACAGCACCUAACUUCAUCAACAGUACAUAUAGGGUCCCAGCCACAGCACUAGCCACCAAACAUCAUUUUAACUUUGCCUAAUUUCUUUAGCAAAGAGGCAAAACAUAACUCACCCACUUUCUUCCAGCAGCUUGUUUGUACGGAGACCUCCAGGCGAGUCCAUUGACUGCAGGGGGGUGACGCAGCUCAAGGAAGAACAUGAUUAUUACUUCAAGGAAAUGAUAAAGUAAUGAUAAUAAAUGUUCUCUCUUGAGCUGCAUCACCCUGCUGCAGUUAAUGGACUUCCCCGGAGGUCUCCGUACAAAUAAAUGGCUGCUGGAACAGAGAGGGUGAGUUGUGUUUCAUCUCUUUGCUUAAGAAAUCAGGCCAAGUUAAAAAGAUGUUUGAUGGCUAGUACUAUGGCUGGGACCCUAUAUGUACUGUUGAUGAAGUUAGGCGCUGUUCUGAGCAUUAUUUGUGGCUAUAGAGUGGCGAUUUGGUUGAGCGCGUGACUCUCUGUAUUGCUAUCUGCGGACGUUUGUAAAGUUGGUAUAACCAGAGAUACAAGCGGCAACAUUCAUCUCUGAACGGGGUGUCUAACUUGGUGUUACAGUGUGUUUGACCCUAACGUAAUUUUACAUUGGAAUAUCCCUUUAAUGCGUAUCAACAGUGAUAAAUGAGACGCUUCUGCCAUGCUUACUUUUUCAUCUAUAAGAAAUCUAUGUCUGUAUACAGGUAUGAGUCAAUAUAAGGAUUCUUUUUGGUUUGCUAGCCUGCAGACUAUGAUGGCCCGAUUAUACGUCAUGCUCAGGUGUAUGAAUCAAAAAGGUUUGUCUCCCUCUCCACAGCCUCCAUACUCCUACCGAAUUGAUGACUGUGCUGAGCUGUUCUGUUUCAAUGGCGAGCUGCUGCUUCACAACUCCUCCCUGCACUGCCGCUACACCACUACCCCGCCCCAGUGCAGUCUGCUGGGCCUGCCCAUCCUCAUUAACACAGACCCGUGCUGUCCGCUGUGGCAGUGUCCCUGUGAGUUGGAUCCGAGAGCCAUAUUCCUAUUCAGAUGAAGUGAUACGAAACCAUUGUUUGCUGUUAUUAUCUGUGUUUGAGUUUAUUCAUACAUGACCGCUUCUUCCAGGUCGCUGCACGAUGAUGUCAGACCUGCGCGUUAUCACAUUUGAUGGCAACAACGUGGCCUUGUAUGAUAACGGCUCCUACAUACUUGUUCACCUGCCAAGAGAGACAAUUAUUGGCACAGUGGAGAAAUGUCCAACCAGCCAGGUAACCUGCGUAUUAUACAAUUUUAGAUGAGCUGAAUAUGAAUUUGGUAAGAAAAUAUAAAAAAAAUAUGUUUUUGUGAAAUUUUCAUUUCUUUGUAGAGUGUCAACUCCAUCAGACGAACUGUAGGUACAUUUUCAUCUGUUCUCACCCAUUCAGCUGUUUUUAUAUUGGAAUUUAAAUGUCAAUCCUUUUUGGAUUAAUAAAUCUUGUUUUACCAAACUUUAAAAAUAUAUUUAUAUAUUGCCCCACAGAGUCCUACAGGAGGAACAUCUGGUCUGUGUUUCAAGAAACUGAACAUCACAACCUCUUCUUAUAGAAUAAUUAUCAAUCGCCUGGAUCGCAAGGUACAGCAUUAUCUAAUGAUCUGCCAACAUUUAAGCGUCUUCUAAGCAGGUAAAUUUGUGUGUCUGUAUCUCCUCUGUCUCUAGGUUACAGUAAACUACAGACCCGCUAGACUCCCAUUCUCUCGCCACGCACUUUCCGUUGAGGACACGGGCAGCAUGUACCUGAUCCGCACACCUGGCGGGGUCAACAUACAGUGGUACCACAGCACAGGCAUCAUGGUGCUGCAGUACCUUACUUCCCAUAAUGCAUCUGUGCCCACCCGUGGUCUGUGCGGUGAGUCCAUCUAAACACACACACACAUGGUCAAACUGGCUUCAGCUUCUGGUUUAUCUAAGAACCUGCUAUCAGCACUUACAGGCCACAUUGAGACUUGUGUCUUGAUAUGAUAAGACAAGUUGACAUGUCAAAGGCCGUUUUGAAAAUUGAGGCUGCCUGAAUCACAAAUUGAUCCUCUUCACAUAUAUAAUAUUCAUAAUAAAUAAAUCAAUUUGUCUGUUCCGCCAGGUUGUUGUGAUGGAAACCCUGAGGAUGACCUAAAGCUGCCUAACGGCACAGUAGUCAGAGAGGUGGGAGACAUGGUACUCUUUCUGCAGGCCUGGAGAGUCCAUACCACUGAUGAAGCUGAGCACACUCGCAGAGUUGGAGACAACUGCACCACAGGAGACUGCUCCAUCUGUCUCUCCAUGCUCCGUAAGAGAGACUUCACACCAUGCCACAGCAAGGUGCAGUAGUCAAACAUUUAAACCCCAUUUAACUGGCUGGUUUUGUUGCUGUAGUUUUAACUUUGUUUUGAUUUGUUAUUGUUACUGUCUCUUUGCCUUUAACUCUGUUAGCUGCUGGUUUUAAGGGGCAGCUGUGGCUCAGUGGUCUCUCAACUGGAAGGUUAGGAGUUUGAUCCUGGGUCCUGCUGUCCAUUUGCUAAGGUGUCUUUGGGCAGGACACUUGACCUCAACCUUCCCCCCUGGCUGCACCCAGCAGCAUGUGGGCGCUUAACAUAGUGGCCUUUACGAUCAAUAUGUAGAUAUGGCUUGACUGGUUGAAUUUGACAUGUAAUAUACACUUUGAGUUCAAAUUCAAAUUCAAUUUUAUUUGUAUGGCACUUUUCAGACAUAAAGGGAGUUCAAAGUGCCUCACAGAGGCUAAAAACAACAAUAAAACCUGACCCUCCCACUCACACAUACGCCUAUAGACCCACACACACACAAAGACACCCACCCACACAUACAGCUCUUUACCAUGUAAAAGGGGUAAAAGAAGUAAAACCUCAUUGAAGUGAAUUAAGAAAAAGACUAAGAACAGAGAUAAUUAAUAAAAAAAGAACAUAAAAUAAACAUUAAGAACUUUGAUUAAAAAGAACCAUAGCUAUAAGCUAAAUAAGAAGGCUAUCAUUGAAAAGCCUGGUUAAAAAAGUCUUGAGCCUCUUCUUCAAAACAUUAACAGUCUCUGUGGCCCUGAGGCUCUCCGGCAGGCUGUUCCACAACAGUUGUCAGAAGACCAGGAAACCUGCUUUAUAGACAUAGUUCAUUAACUAUUUUACUCCAGCAUGCCUGCAGCUUUUUUUGUAUGUCAGAAAAUUGAUCAAAUGUUAAUCACGAUAAAAACAACCUGACAGGCAAAAAAGGACAAUAAUGACUUAUUGAAUUAUUUGUGAUACAUGUCAUUGUUGAAUGUGGUCUUGUUUUGGAAUUUGCAGGUCCCUCCAGAGCAGUUCUGUGACAUUAUGUGGGCGGGGGACCUCCACUACAAGGAUCAUCAGUGUGACUUUCUGGCAGCCUAUGUGGCAGUGUGCUACACACACCAAGUCUGCAUCAGCUGGAGACGGCAUAACUUUUGCCGUAAGACAUAACAGGCACAUUUGCUCUGAUGGACUUGGCUUGUGUUUCUCAUUUGCUCAUGCAUUGUUGCCUAUUAUCUUGUAGCCUUGAGGUGCCCCCCGAAUAAGGAAUACAAGCCAUGUGUGAGCACCUGCACCAGCCGCACCUGUCUGAACAGAGAGUAUUACGAGGAGACAACCUGCUCCUUUAUCAGAGAGGAGUGUGUGUGCCGCAGUGGAACUAUCCUACACAGAGCUGAUUCCCCUUACUGUGUAACCGAGGAUCGAUGUGGUGAGUGACAGAUUAAUUGCUAACUCUAAUGAUGAAUAAUGCACUGUCAAGGAAUCUGAAAAGGUUUGAGAGUGAGCUUUAUACUACUCACACACAAUCAUAUCAUCGGUUUAUUUACUUGUCUCUGUGGUGUCCAGUGUGUACAGAUAAUGAGGGUAACCCCCGGUCCCCUGGCGAGGAGUGGAACGGUUCUGCACGUGGCUGCUGUCUGUACAAGUGUAUGGAGAAUGGCUCUGUGGUGGCAAUCGAGCCAGACUGCCAUUCUGUCCCCAUACCACUGUGCGAGAGGGAGGGAGAGUACGUACUUGAUGUGGUGGAAGAAGGAGCCUGCUGCCCAAAGAAGAUCUGCGGUGAGUUGAGAAAGUUUAGACUAUUUAGUAUAUGUACCAAGUAAAACAUAUCUACAGUGUAUUUCCUGCAGUUUAUCUUUCCCUCCCUUGUCUUUUUCUCCACCUCACUUUUUGACAGAGUGCAACAUGACCAUCUGUGACAGUGAAGCUCCGCCUUGUGACAACGGGAACAGGCUGGUGAUUGGUUACAGCGCUCUGUCCUGCUGCCCGGAGUACCGAUGUGGUGGGGACCAACUUUACUUUAAAGUUUUCAGAUAUUUUUCAAACUUAUUGUCUAAUAUGAAGCUUGACCUGAACACUUUGCUGUGACUGGUCUUUCUCAGAGUGUGACCCAAUGGCAUGCCCUCCUGUGUAUGCCCCCCACUGCAGGGAGGAUCAGUUCCUAGUGGAGGUCAGGGGGGAGAAAUCCUGCUGCUACUCUUACCUGUGUGGUAAGAGUAUUUCUUGUGAUUUACAGGCUAGUCCAUGAAAGGUUUAAGUGUGAGGUUAGUCACCUUUGACGCCUCAUUGAAAACAAGGUUGAAAUUUUGUUUGUUUUUUGUUUGAUCAGUGUGUGAGUCAUGUAUUGAACCCAUUCCAACGUGUUCACAUGGAGAAAUUCUGGCUGUAGAUCUUAACACCACCAACAGCUGCUGCCCACAGUACCACUGUGGUAAGUUUGUGUGUGCUCUACAGUGCGUAUGUUUCUCGUCUGUGACUUCAAUGUCAAGCUGAAUUUUUCUCCUGUGUGUUGCAGUGUGUGAUGUUAACCUCUGCCCUGAAAUUUUCAUGAGCUGUGCACCUGGUCUCUCUUUGGUUCAAACUACUGUCCCCGGUGAUUGCUGCCCUCAGCACCACUGCGGUACGCACUUAAAACACAAAGACAUACAUAUUGAUCAUUGUGCUACUUGGCUGCAGUGAUGCUGCUACUUAAGCUCUGUUAGAUUUCAGCAGCAUAUGAUAAGAUUGAUCACACCAUUGUAGCCCUUUAUUGCCUUUUGUAUCAUAUUUGAUACAUACUUUUAUAAUACUUUCUAUCAAAUCAAUAUGAUCAGCAAAUUACUAAAAAACACCUUAAUACAGUCCAAUACAUGAUAAAACUGUCCUCUCAUGGUUUAUCAGUUUCCAAAAACAUCUAAUGUAUCAAACAAGAUAAAUAAAUAUAUUUGUUAAAUUUUAAGGACUUUUUUUUUUUUGGUUUUCAGUAGUAAGUGAAAUAAAAAUUUCAACUCCAAACAAAUUUGAAUUUUCUGGCCAUAAUUUGUGGUUUCAGGCAUUAAAAGGCUAACUGAUCAUUUGUUAGAAAUGGGUCGGAAUGUCAAGCAUAGCACUAAAAGGGUUUUCCUCCUAUAUACCCGAGCAUACGUUUUUUGUGGGAUGCCUCAGAUGCCUUAGAUCACCCGAUCCCUUAGUCUGAUUUUGUGCUUUACCAUUCAUAAACCAGUGAUCCACAGCAUCACAUAUCUAAAAACAGUAACAGUCAAUCACAGUAAGACAGAAUUGUUGGUUUUUGCUCAGGUUCAAAUACUAACAUCCUUCAACACUUUGGUUCAUUAGCCACAAAUAUAAAACCCUCUGCCAAAAUCCUUCAACCCUAUUGUGUGAACUUGUCUCAACUGUUUGCGUAUACAGUCUAUAUUUGUUUGUUUUGUCUCUCUGUAAGUCACUUUGUAACCUAAGGUUUUGAAGGGUGCUUUGAAGCAAGAUUUUACUUACUUUAUUUCCUGUGUGGUCAGCUGAAAAUGAUCUCAGGUGAUAAAAUGCCUUUCACGUACUUGCCUGAACUUAACUUUUUCCUUCUCAAACUUUCCCUCCCAGAAUGUCAGUGUGAGGACAGCUCUCUCCCCAUUUGUCAGGUGGUAAGUCAGCAAAAAGCUGCAUCACAAGUCACUGUCUAAUCAGGUUCCGGGCAGGAAGGAAGAAAAAAAAAAAAGGAAAUUCAGUUAAGUCAGCACUUUUUUUUUCUCAGGGGGAAACACUGGUGGAGGCCUCAGACAGUAGCACCAACUGUGGCUGUCCUCAGCAUACAUGCGGUAUGUAUAAAGCAAGCAUUAAGAUUCCAGACACAUGCUAUGAACCUUCACAUUCACCUUGAAAACUACAGUAUAACGUACAGCCAGUGGAUGACUAUUAGCCCUCUGCUUUUCCAUGUUUAGAGAAGGCAGAGGUUUGUCUUUUCCAAGGUGUAACAGUGCUGGGCCCGGGCCAGUCUCUGGUUCAAUACCUGGAGGGAGAGCUGUGUUACACUGUCCACUGCCUGCAUCACAGAGACCCAGACUCUGGCUUCUAUGCCAUGGAAAUCACCUCUGUCAACUGCACCCAAAAAUGUGGACCAGUAUGUAUUUCACGUUUGAAGUAAAUAUCCCCCAUGCUUUAUCUGCUUAUCUUGCUUUAUUCACUCUGUAAUCAUCUUCCACCUCAUCUCUUAAGCACCAGGUGUAUGUGCAAUCCACGGACCCACAGGUGUGCUGCGGUUCCUGCAAAAAUGUCUCCUGUACAUUCACCAAUGAAAACGGGACAUCAGAACUUUUUGCUGUAAGGACAAAGACAUCCACACUGGCUUAGUGUCUCCCCUCUUUGCAGCACUGUUCUGACUCUGAUUGUGUGUGCAGUCAGGGAGUUCCUGGGUGGAGAACUGUACACGUUAUGACUGUAUGGAAACAGCCGUGGGAGCUGUGAUACUCGCCUCUGGUGUGGUGUGCCCGCCUUUCAACGACACAGAGUGUGUUCAGGUCAGGACCUCUAAAUGUAUUACAUUAGUGGUUCUUAACUAGUAGAGACACAAAAAUGGGUCCCAGAAGCAAUUUUCAAUGGUCACAGAGGUGUGCCUGAGAAACAAGUUACUGCAAAGUCUUUGCAGCACCUUUAUUCUGAAGGACAAUGACACAGUGUGCUUGAAGUAACAGGGCAGUGGGAGUACACCUCAAUACGUUUUAUCUGCCAAAUAGAAACUGAAAAGAUUACAUUUGCACACUCUAACUGAAUUAAUAUGCUUUGUAAUAUGUUCACAUCAACUUAAUUUGUCUACCUUUCCUCUUGCUGCAGAAUGGCGGUGUUGUUCAGAGCUAUGUGGACGGAUGCUGCAGGACAUGUGAGUUCCCAGAUUUUUUUUAAGGGUGCUUUUGAUAAGGCUUUGAGCAGUUAUUCAGACGGGUGAGCGCUUUGUUGCUUGGCAGUGUAUGGGCUUCUUGGCUGAGUGGUUGGGGGUGUGGCCUUGUUGUAGAGGGUGGAGAUAAAGCCUAUUCUUGGUUUAAUUCUGAACCCUGUGGCUUUCCAAAUCAACUGAUGUAAUGUUGAGAAGCCAGCACAGUUCAGACUGAGGUAACAGAUGAAGUGAUGAGACUGCACUCAAAAUUACUAAGCUGAUAACAAAAAAAACUUCCUGGCUCUGCUUUUCACAGAUGAUAACCUGGGAGCUGUUUACCAUGCAUAGUUAAAAACACAUGUUGAUAGCAGUGUGGUCAAACCUUGAAUAAACAUGCAGUGGCCUGCUGGCCUGCUUCUGCAGGGACCUUACUCUCUGCCCAAUCAGGGCACUCCAACUCAAGUGUUCACCAAUGAGGAUGCAAGAUGUUUGGGGGUUUUUGGGUUCGCCCUGCUGAGCUGCUCUUUGUAGUACAACAAAUGGUUGAGCUCCUUGGCUGGCUGCCUGGUGAGUCCCCCAAAAAUGAGAAAAACCCAUGUGCAUGCCAGCUGCACUGCUUUCAUCCCAUUUUUGCUGUUUCUUUGUGUUUGUGUGUGACACUGAACUCUGUUUUCUGAAGCAGUCAUAACCUUGUGUGUGUUCUCAUGAUAUUUCGAUCCUGACGAUGUUCCCAGGUUCAGGAGUGGGUGUUUUACCAUUUACCGUUAAUCCUGUAACCCCUACUGGUAGUACUAACUGUGACACAGGUACCUUCAUCUUGCACUAUUACUUUUGACAUAAUUCUGUGGCAUCUCAGUGACUCGUUCACUUACACUUAAAAGCUGUUUGUAAAUGUGUGCUGAGUAUAUUUUUGUCUUUGUAUAUCUUGACUUUUUACUCUUUACCUCCCAACACUAGCAUUACAUAAAUCUCAGAAUGUAACCCUCUGCUUGACCAUAAGCAAAUCCUUCAAAAUGGUAGCUCUGUAUUUGAUCAGAAAUAAGCUUCAGUGUUUAGCAACCAUUCUUUAAAGAAAAAGCUGGAAAUCCUCUACAUUUUUCACCAAUUCUUCCUCCACACAGAAUUAAUAAGUAGGGUUAAGUUCAGGUCAGUAGCCAAUGGGAGAGCUGUAGCACUGUUGUGAGAAAUGUGCCCUCCUUUAACCCAGCUAUCAAUCAAAGACGGCCCCUGCUGCUGAGCAACAAAAAGCUCAGCUGAAAAAGCCUCUCAGUUGCGUAAAUGACAGGUGUCGGAUGAUGAGAUGAUAUGAGAGUGUUUGUGUGGGACCGUGAGUGUAUCAGUGUGAAAGUGUUUGACUUUGUGUAUGUUUGAACUUGUAGAUAAUGUUUUUCAGUAACACUUUAUUUGACACCUAUCUCUGGAACACAUUAUAAGUAUAUGUUUAAUGCCUUAUAAUCACUUUAUAGCACUGUAUAACUAUAGUUAUAAACACUCAUUAAUUAUCAUAAAUCACAUUAUAAUUAUCAUGACUUACAAAAUCAGGUAUUGUAAUGUGUUAUGCUUAUUGUUAUAAAGCCUUAUGAUAAUUAAUGAGUGUUUAUAAUGAUAGUUACACAAGUUUAUAAGCAAAUUAUAACACAUCAUAAAUAUAUGUAUAAUGCAUUAUCUAUGUGGGCAACAGUUAUAACACAUGAUAAUACCUGACCUUGUAAGUCAUGAUAAAAUGCUUUAUAAUGUGUUAUGAUUAUUGCUUUAAAUCAUUAUGAUCAUUUAUGAGUGUUUAUAACUGUAGUUAUACAGUGCUUUAACGUGAUUAUAAUGCAUUAUACAUAUAUUUAUAAUGCCUGUUGUUCUUACUGUUGUGUGUCACUGUUGUUCUUUUAUGAUUAAGGUCUGGAAUUAUGCAUUUCUUGAGUUACUUCCAAUUGUUGCUCUCUGUGUACGAAUCUUAUUUCUAUGUAAACAAAUAGGUAAAGAGGAUGGUAAGACAUGCAAGCGUGUUGCCAUUCGGACAACCAUUCGCAAAGACGACUGUCGGAGCAACGCACCGGUGAGAGUAAAAGGACGCGUUAGCACUAAAUCAGGAAGCCUAAACAAAGCAUGAAUAUCAUUAGAGCUAAUGUCAUGUACUAAUGUUUGCUUCAUCCUGCCUCCCCACUCCAUUAGGUAACAGUCUACUCAUGUGAUGGUAAAUGCCCGUCUGCCACCAUAUUCAACUUUAACAUCAACAGCCAUGCCCGGUUCUGUAAGUGUUGCCGUGAGAGUGGACUACAAACCCGCUCCGUCACACUCUACUGCUCUCGCAAUGCCACAGUGGUGGAAUACAACUUCCAGGAGCCUCUGGACUGUUCCUGCCAGUGGAACUAA